UAACUGCUGAACAAAAGUCAACAAUUCGCGCAAAUGCCAUGCAAUGCACUCAGCAGGAGGGCAACACCAAGGAGCAGGCGAUUGCACUGCGCAAUGGAAACUUCGAUGAUGCCGACGAUAAGGUCAAGUGCUAUGCCAAUUGCUUUUUGGAGAGGGCUGGCUUUAUAGUCGAGGGUCAGAUCAACGGAGAUGCGGUGCUGCAGAAGCUGGCGCCCGCCGCCGGAGCGGAUCAAGUCAAGGCCGCUCUGGCCACUUGUGCAUCGAUUAAGGGUGCCAAUAAGUGUGACACCGGCUUUCAGAUCUAUCGAUGCUUCUAUAAGAAUCGGGCUUGGGCCUAGAUCUU